UUGAGCCAGCCGAGCGGCGCGGCCAUGGCGGAGCCGGUGCGGGAGGAGCUCUCGGCCCUGGGUGCGAUUUUCUGCGGGCCCGGCGAGUGGGAAGUGCUGAGUCGCUCAGAGACAGAUGGAACUGUGUUCAGAAUUCUCACAAGAGCAGAAGGAUUUAUGGAUGCUGAUAUACCCUUACGAUUGGUGUUCCAUUUACCGGUUAAUUACCCGUCGUGUCUGCCUGGUAUUGUGGUUAACUCCGAACACCUGACCAGGGCUGAGCGUGAGAUUGUGAAGGAGAAGUUACUGCAGCAAGCAGAGACCCUUUUGUCGGAACCUAUGGUUCAUGAGCUAGUUCUCUGGAUUCAGCAGAAUCUCAGGCACAUCCUCAAGCGGCCAGAAGCUGGAGGUGGCAGUGAAAAGUGCACUUCUGCAGCAAGCACGACUGUGGAUGAUGGAUUGUGGAUGACUCUUUUGCAUUUAGAUCAUAUGAGAGCAAAGACCAAAUAUGUCAAAAGUGUGGAGAAGUGGGCUUCCGAUUUAAGGCUGACAGGAAGACUGAUGUUCAUGGGAGUACCUGAUUCUUCAGAAAACCUGCAAAGUAGAUGUGGACUCAAGUGGAAAGAAAUGCAAAGAGAAAAUGAUUAGUGUACUCUUUGAAACAAAAGUACAGACAGAACACAAAAGGUAUAAUUUAGUACUAUUGCAGAUGGAAAAGCAACUGAAUCGAUAAUUAUACUCUGACAAAUUUAGGCAUAUUCAUGAGUUUCUCUUGUAUAAUACAGGUUUCUGGCAUUUGAAGUCAAAGAGUAUUCAUCGUUGGAUGAGUUACAAAAGGAAUUUGAAACUGCAGGACUUAAGAAGCUUUUCUCCGAAUUUGUACUUAGGCUGGUAAAGUGAAGUGGAAGACAGGUAUCUUUUAGUGAAACAACAGCGUUUUUUGUUUUGUUUUGUUUUUGUUUUUUGCGUUGGAUUUUGAGAGUGGCUGAUUGAAAUACUCAUAAGGGAACAAUUUUAGAGUUUUCUCUGAAGCAAAAUGACAGACACCAUCAUAACUUAAGGACAGAAGCCAGUUCUGUUUAUGGAAUAUUAAACAGUAAAAAUAUCCAUGUAUUCUAAUUUUGCCAGUGUAGGUUGGGUUCAAUAGAUGGAAUGUUAUUUGAGAGAUAAAUACAAAAAGAUGAUGGUGAAUGAGCCCUUGUGUUUAUACAGAGGAUUUGUUUGGAACUGUGCAAUUUUCUGCCUAAUUUUCUU